AUGACCUCGAAGCCGAGGCUGCUGACGUGCUACGUCUGCGCGCGCGAGUACGGCACCAAGUCGAUCGCGAUCCACAUCCCGCAGUGCCGCCGAACGUUCGAAGCGAGAGAGGCGCUGAAGCGCGACGCGAGAGACCGCCGGCGAUGCCCGGAUCCGCCGCCGGGAUACAUGGAUCUCAUCGACGCGAUCGGCGCGUCGCGGUCGCUCGGCGAGACGCUCGCGGCGGCGUCGCUGACGCCGCCGUCGCCCGGGUCGCUGUCCACGCGCGCCAAGGGGAGCCUCGUCGUGGACGCGAUCAACGACGCGGCGUACAGGAGGUGGAGCGACGAGGUGCUGAGGAAGUGCGAGCGGUGCGGUCGGAGUUUUAAUCCGGACGCGUAUACGCGUCACGCGGCGCGUUGCGCCGGGAAGGGGCUGUCCCCGGCGCGGCGGUCCGCGCGCGCGGCGGCGUCGCGCGGCGGGAAAGUGGUGGACGUGGGGACGAAGGUCGCGGCGAAGCCGCGCUCGCCGGCGAAGGCGCCGCGCGCUCGGACGAUCGCGUUCGACGACGACGACGACGACGACGAAGUCUGUGGGGAUUCCGGGGACGACGCCGGGGACGACGCCGGGGACGACUCGGCGCGCUGCGCCUCGGACGAGGACGCGCCGCACGGCCGCCCCGUUCUCUCCGGCGUCGCGCUCGACACCACCCACGCGCCGUCGCUCGGCGCGGUCAGGGUGUACGAGAACGAGGACUGGUACCUCGCGCGCGUGAGCGUCCCGGACUGCGACGACGAGCGGUUCGUCGUCGAAAUCUCAAACGGCGACCGCGGCGACCGCGCGGAGAUCGUCGUGGAGGGCGUCGUGACCGGCGCCGCGGACGGCGCCGUCGAGCGCGCGGUGCCGGUGUCCAUCUCGAACCCGGGGGUGUGCGUCGACUCGUACUUCACCCCCGUGCUCGGUCCGGGGACGUACCUGCCCGAGCUGCCGAACCCGGGGCGGUGGUCGCGGAAGUUCGCGCUGCCGGGUCCGGUGGUUUUGGAGCUUCGCGACGUCGACGGUCGGCUGCCCCCGGGUGAGACGCGGACGCACUACAAGAUCGUGCAUCAGCAGUCGCGGACGCUGGAGCUGUACUUUUGGAAGGAGAAGCCGAGCGACGUGCUCUCGCCGGUGCGGUCCCCGGGCGUCGACCGAGGCUUCUUCGCGUGACGGCGUCGCGUAUCUAUCUAUCUUAUAUCUAUCCGCCUAGUCGCUACGUU